AGCGCGCCGCUCGCCCCGCCCGCACSCCGCCGGCCGCGAGCACCGGGCGCCAUGUUCGCCGUCAAACCCAAAGCUUUUCUGGGCUUUAACCUCUACUGCGGCAGCUCCCCGAGCACCGGAGGCACGGCCGAGCCGCCCCGGCAGCGCCCGGAGCCCGCGGCCGCCGCGGAGCCGGCACGGGAACGCUCGGGUAGCGGAGCUCUCAGCGGAACCGCCGCCGGAGCCCUCACGGGAACCGGCACGGGAACCGGCACAGGAACCGGCACGGGAACCAGCACAGGAACCAGCACGGGAACCGGCACAGGAACCGCCACAGGAACCGGCACGGGAACCGGCACGGGAACCGCCAUCGGAGCCCUCACGGGAACGGACAUGGGAGCCUUCACAGGAUCCGCCACAGGAAACGCCGCCGGACCCCUCAGCGGAGCCCUCACAGGAACCGCCACAGGAAACGCCACCGGAGCCCUCACGGGAUCCCUCACAGGAACCGCCGCCGGAGCCCUCACCGGAACGGCCGCCGGAGCCCUCACCGGAACGGCCACCGGAGCCCUCCCCGGAACCCCCGGAGCCCUCACAGGAACCGCCACCGGAGCCCUCACGGGAAUCGCCACAGGAAACGCCACCGGAGCCCUCACAGGAACCGCCACCGGAACCCCCGCCGGAGCCCUCACGGGAGCCCUCACAGGAACGGCCACCGGAGCCCUCACUGGAGCCCUCACGGGAGCCCUCACCGGACCCGCCACAAGAACCCCCGCCGCCAGCCCCCCUCGCUCUCUGAUUGGCUGCCCCCCCAGCCCCCCGCGCUCUCUGAUUGGCUGCGCCGCGCCGCCCCGCUCGCUGAUUGGCUGCGGCGCGACUCUUUGGCGCCCCGAGGAGGAGCUGGACGGUUACGAACCCGAAAUGGAGCGCGACCCCUCAGACGAUUCGCGACCGGCGACCCCUCCGGGACCCCCGGACGAGCUCCGCCGCCGUUCCUUGGAGCUCAUCGGCCGCUACCUACGCGAAGUGGCGGGUGAGGAGCAGCCCAGCCCUAAAAAACUUUUCCCGGGAUUGCUGCGGGGUCCCGGCAGGCCCGGCGGAUCGGCGGCGGCGGAUGCGGUAAUGGAAAAAGCGCUGGAAACGCUGAGGAGGGUCGGGGACGGCGUCAUGAGGAAACACGAACUCGCUUUUCAAGGGAUGCUGCGCAAGCUGCGGAUCCGGCGCGAGGACGACCUGCAGGCCGUGGUGGAGGUGGCCGGCCACGUCUUCGGUGACGGCGUCACCAACUGGGGCCGGGUGGUCACUCUGGUGGCCUUCGGGGCCUUCGUGGCCAAACACCUCAAGAGAGUGGGUCAGGAGGGAGCCAUUGGCCCCCUGGCCACCAUCAUCACCGACGCGCUGGUGUCRGCCAAGCGCGACUGGCUCGAGGGCCAGGGCGGAUGGGAGGGCUUCGUGGACUUUUUCCGCGUGGAGGACCUGGAGGGCAGCAUCCGCCACGUGCUGCUGGCCUUUGCGGGGGUGGCCGGCCUGGGGGCCAGCCUGGCCUACAUGAUCCGGUGACCAGUGGCCGGAAUUUGGCCGGACCGCGGGGUCAGCCUGGCCCAAGUGAUCCGCUAUCCCCGGAACCGCUGGACUUUGGCCGGAGCGGCUCCUCCUGUCAGACACGGACUCGGACCGAUAUCGAGGUGUCACCAGAGGUGUCCRGUGGCCAAAAUUCGGCCRGAGCAGGGGUCAGCCUGGCCCAAGUCAUUUGCUAUCCCCAGAGGUGUCCAGUGGCCAAAAUUUGGUCGGACCAGGACCAUGGGGCCACUCCUUCCUCUGGAGGUGUCCGGUGGCCGAAAUUGGAGUGGAUUUCGAGUUUCCCCAGGGCUGUCCAGUGGCCAAAAUUCGGCCAGACUGGACUCGAGUGUCCCUGGUGGUGUCCAGUGGCCGAAAUUGGGAGUGACCCCGGUGGAUUUCGAGUUUUCCCAGAGCCGCCCAGUGGCCAAAAUUCGGCCGGACCAGACUCGAGU